AUGAAGAUCCUAUCAAUUGUGAGUGUCGGGCUGUUCGUAGUGAUCACAAGACUAACCCUCAUCGAAGCCCAAUCGUGCGGCCCUCGUAUUCGAAAAGAUUGGGAUAUGAUGACGGCGAUCGAGAAGACCACAUACCGAAAUGCCAUUCGUGCUUCCAUGGACUCCGGUGCCUACAUCAAGUUCGUCGAGAUGCACACUGAGAUGCGAUCCGAGAUGGAAGCUCAUCGACAGUGUAUGUUUGUCUACUGGCAUCGUUUGCUGCUAGUCGUUUUUGAAAAUAUGCUCCGUGGCCAAGGCGCUGCAUACGCAUGUGUGACGAUUCCUUACAUGAACUGGAUAGCUGCAAGUGCACGCGUAACUUCCGGUGCUUGCAAUUCGUUUAGCAAUUGCAUGACCAUCAUGGGGGAGUUAGGUGGCUCUAGUAGUGGCACUCAUCGCACGUUGUCCAUCAAUGGGAUCAACAGCUCUGGGCGGUGCGUCAACCUGCCGCCAGUAGAUCGCUUUUGCCAGCUCCACUCCCUCACGGGUACCGCAUGUGCCGGGUGUGUCCCCCGAGGGGACUGGUCGACUGCUCGUGUACCCAGCACUACAGGCUAUGCUUCGGUGCGAGCUCAGAUCUUCAACGGCGCCAACAUCGGCCAAAUGUCGCCGUCGAUUGAACAAGGGUGCCACAACAACGUGCACGCUAACUUGGGCAGUACCAUGGACACGUUUGCUUCCCCUUCGGACCCUAUCUUCUGGUCGCACCACGCCAUGGUCGACUCGCUGCAUGUCAUCUUCCACAAGUGCCGCGUCGGGACGACCCGGCUUACUUUCGAGCAGAAGGCGUCACACUCUUUAGCUUGGUCUUCUUGCACUCGUCGAGACUCAGGUGCCUUCCAUCCGACUGACACGAUCACGAUGCGAACAGGAGAAAGAGGUCGAAAUCCGAUCCCGGGGUCGAGCGAUCCGCAAAUAGGCCGGUUCUUUACGGGAGUUCCGAAUCAAUUUGCGGGUCUUAUGGAUGUUCGAGACCUAGGCGCAAGCAGCUACGGAUACGCUGUCAGUGGCCAGGUCGCCACCAUGUUUACGCAGUGCGAUGCCUCGCCUCGAUCUCGAAGGCUGGAGGAAACUGCUGCUACAAAUGAUACUUCAGCCCCGACUCUCUGCGAGGUGGCAGGAGAUGAAAGCUACCUUGAUGAAGACCGAAACGACUACGCCUCGCAGAACAGCUUCCCAGAAACAGACUACAGAGGUGAGGACGAUGGUCACGAAGACGUUGUUAUUGUAGACAAAUGGGGCAACGCGAUCGAUGCGAACACUUCGAGAGAAGACCAUUACGCCGAUGACGCGGAAAUGCAAGUGGCGGACUGGUAUGACGAGACUCUUGAGGCUAUGGGGGGCGACUCACGCGACAACAUGGACGAUCUCGAGCGUCAAGCCUGCAUGUUUGAGAACUAUUGUUUAGGUGGUACGAAGGACUAUACACCGGAGUUCAAGGCCGCUUCAAAAACCAAGAAGCCGCGAUGUAAACAUAUUGUCGACGCCAUCAACAACGGGUCGCUAUCGAUUCAGUACGAGUCGUGGCGCGAGGCUAUGGAGGCUCGAUUUGGUUGCCCAGAGCCGACUGAGGCGAUAAACUCGACUUCAAACACGACUCUGUGGGGGUCGUCGUCUGGAUCGGAUUCAUGGGUUUCAGUAGGAACAGACAUCCAGGAAGCGCUGACCGACACCGUGCAGCAACUUCCUGAUCUGGUUGUUGUCACUAAUCUUGAUCGCAUCCCAAUCAAAACAUAA